UCUAUAUGAUUACAAGUUCCUAAUUUUCAAAAAGUUGCUCUGUAGAUUUUCCAUUUUUCUUUUGAUUACCAUCUUCUAUGGUAUUUCUUCUUGGUCUUUAUUUUGGGCUCCACACUCCACUCAUUGCAUGAUGUAGAUUCCCAAGUGACAAUAGUUUUAAACUUAUCAUGAUUGUUGCUCACAACUUAUCUUUGAACUAGUUACAAGUGUUUCAAACUAGAGCAUUUACCUAAGAUUUGAGAACUUAGGUUCAUGAGAACAGUGUUGAAAAUGAAUUUUGAAUAGUUACAAUGAACAAAGUUUGCAUAACUUAUGUACAAAGACAAUCCAGUGUGUGAAGAUGGUAUCUAUGUUCAUCCUCAGGCAUCAGAAUACAACUCAGAAUCAUUGACAGAUUUCCCUUUCCUUUCUUUAUGUUCUUAAAUUUUCAGCAUCAGUAUACAGAAGUAAAUGAGAAAUUCCCUGGUUAUCGCCUUUUCCAUAACCACAUGCUUCAUUGCUUUUGUGAUAUCAAAGAUUUUCAUCUCAAUCCUACUCUACAAAAGAUGGAGAAGAAAGCAUGCGAUUCAUGAAGAAGGUUAUACAGGAGGAAAGAUGGUGAUAUUUAGGUCUUCAAUCCUUAAAUCUUUAACAUCUGAUAUGCUGUUAAAGAAGACACAGAAACUGAACAACAAGGACAUCAUCGGUUCCGGUGGUUAUGGUGUAGUUUAUGAACUAAAACUCAAUGAUUCCGCGGCCUUCGCUGUGAAAAGGCUGAACCGUGGAACCGCAGAGAGAGACAAUGGUUUUGAGAGAGAGUUAGAGGCAAUGGCAGACAUAAAACAUAGAAACAUUGUGACCCUUCAUGGAUAUUACACUGCACCACACUACAAUCUUCUCAUAUAUGAGUUGAUGCCUAAUGGAAGUUUGGAUACCCUUUUGCAUGGAAGAUCAAUGAACAAGAAGGUUUUGGACUGGCCGACAAGACACAGAAUAGCUGUAGGUGCAGCUAGAGGAAUAUCAUAUCUUCACCAUGAUUGUAUCCCUCACAUUAUCCACAGAGAUAUAAAAUCAAGUAACAUAUUGUUGGAUCAAAAUAUGGAAGCACGGGUUUCGGAUUUCGGAUUAGCCACAUUGAUGGAACCAAACAAAACUCAUGUUUCAACCAUUGUUGCUGGAACUUUUGGAUACUUGGCUCCUGAAUAUUUUGAUACAGGAAGAGCAACAGUGAAAGGGGAUGUUUACAGUUUUGGAGUUGUGUUACUGGAGCUUUUAACAGGAAAGAAACCUAGUGAUGAAACAUUUAUGGAAGAGGGAACCAAGCUUGUCACAUGGGUGAAAGCUGUUGUUCGAGAGAAUAAGGAGGACUUUGUUCUUGAUAGUAGAUUAGAGUCAUGUCCAAUGCAAGAGGUCAACAAGGUGUUCAACAUUGCAAUGAUGUGUCUUGAGCUAGAUCCUUUGAAGAGACCAACCAUGGCUGAGGUUGUCAACUUGCUUGAGAAAACACAAACAGAUAAACUUGUUAUUGUUACAUCAUCCUGAUGUUCAUUCAGAAUCACUCAUCUAAAGCUUCUGGAUAACCGGCUGCGGCAGAGCUAGAACAAAAACUAAUGUUUGGAAAGGCCAUCGUCAACUCAACAUCAACAAAAGCCUUUUUCCUCCUAAAUGAAGGAAACAUGCUCAAGAGGAGAAAAACUAAAAAAUGAAAAAACUAAACUAAUGUAAGGUACAAUAUGAGGGGAUUUUUAGAUACAAGAGGAGUUUCCCCUGCAGACCAGUUUCAACAAAUUUUCCUUUUUUUUUUGUAAAGAGACACAGAAAUUAAUAUGCACUUUGACUUUACUACAUUA